CUACUAGCGUUCUUCUAGUGCUUGUCAAACUGGGUUCCUUUCUCUGGACCCCUGUUCCAUCAAAUCUCCCAAACCCCUUGGAACCGAAACAUUAGCGAUUAUGCAGCCUCUGGAUCCCCAGGGGCUCGUUGAGGAUCGAGCUGCCGAGGAGGAGCAUGGACAGUUUCCCAUCGAAUAUCAUUCGCGUCUAACGGGGCCAAGCUCCCAAGCGUCGUAUGGCUCCAGUGUUCGCGCCUCGACCGCCCGGAGGCGAGCUGCUGUGACAAACAAACCUAAAAACAACAAUCUAUCAGAAACAACUUCUCUCCGCCUUUCCCCCGCGGCUCUCAAGACACCCAGCGCUUCUCAGUCGACUCCCCGUUCAAGUCCUCCUCUGGCUCCUCUCUCAUUAACACCUCCUACGACAGCUCACCACCCUCCCAGUUCUUCUGUACGAACCCGCGAUCCUGGUCUUCAUGUAGAGCCUACUUCUCCCAAACUUCAGUCACCUCUGCGUCACUCCAUCAACUUGACCGACAACAACUUGGACGUUGAAUCGCAGCUCUACAAGAUCUCCAGUGGUCAGCCCAGACCACUUUCUGUCGACAUGUCGUUCACCGGCGAUAAGAGGCCUACUGCCUCCAAAACUCGGUCAAGUUUGCCUGCUGUUGUGGAGGAAGCUCCUCGAAAUGGGUUCUCAACUUGGUUCUCUCGAUCUAAUGCACCUUCACCUUUGUCCACAACCGCCCCAGAAACUCGACGACGCAGCACAUCCUCGGCCAAGCCAUCCACACCAACUUCUUCUCGAUUCAACUUUUUCGGUUCUCUUACGGCUUCACCUACUGCUUGUCCCUCAGAAGAACAAAAUGAGGCCCUGAUAAAUCUCGACAUCGAGAAGGGCCUUUUCCCCAACGGUCUUCCCGUCGAAGGCACAGCUUUCUCGCCAUCCGCCUUCAAGAAUCUGCAGAUGAACGCUACCGGUCUGCUGAGCAAGUUCCAGGCUGCUUAUGAGCAACGCACAACAGAAUUCAGGGAACUUCAGGCUGAGCGUGAUGUUCAAAAUUUCAACAAAAGUGAAGCUGAAACCAGGGUCCAACAGCUCGAGAAGCAGCUGGAGGAACAGGCUACCCAGAUGGCAGAGCGAGAUGCUAUGAUCGAGUACUUGCUUAACCGUUUGGCAAAUGAAAAGGACCGAGCAGAUGAGGCGACUAAUGGCGAGAAAGAGAAUAUCACCUCAGCAGCUUCGAUCGUAUCAGAAGAUCUGGGCGUCGAUGAGGACCGACUAAAACGCUGGCGAAAGAGUACUUCGACCUCGUCUGAUGAUGAGAGUGUAGAUGAGGCCAGUGUCUUCUCGCGAUCUCGAAGCCCAACAAUCUGCACCAGCAUAUCAGAGAUCAGUCCUGUUACUCAACCUAAGCCAGUCACACUGGAGCCUCCUCGUGCCGCUGGUGGUGCUGCCGCACGAAACAGCAACAACGCUCAAAUGGGCACAUUUCAAAAACUUAUCCGGGGCAUGUCGAGCGAGAAGCCCAAGCCUGCGCCUACGACAUGCCUCAACUGCCAAGGGCAAACCGCCAGUAUGGCUUGGGAUACCGUCAAUCUUCUCAAGGACGAAAACAAGGGUCUGAAGGACAGGGUGGAGGAAUUGGAAACAGCAGUGGAGGGCGCUCUCGAUGCUGUCAAUGGCCUCGGCUUAUGAGACAGUCUCGAGCUGCGACCCGAACCAUGAUAGCCUAAUGCGAGACCCGGGAUGGGUGCUCAGCUGCAGUGUCACACGGGGAAAACGGCGUUAUGAUUACAAGGCACCUUCUUCUGUGGCCUUGGAUGGCCAUUCUUUAUUUUUAUUGGAGUUGUGGGCUACAGCCGAAAUGGAUAUACGGCGGCGUUUCUGGGCAUUUGAUACCAUUCUGCAUGGGUCUAAGGACCGAUUUUACCUUCGUUAGCAUAGAGACAGGAUAGUCUCGUGAGAUACCUUUUUACCAUGGUUUGAACCACCAAAUUGAAUCAAUUUGAUAUCUUGAACAAUUAUUUCAUGAGCGGUUGUCCUUUGAACCGAGUUUACCUGUCUUGGAAGACGGCUCAUUGCAUAGCAAUUCACAAACUUCUUUGUCGAGACUCGAGAUAUUUAUAAAACUUGCAUGCCUCAUUCUUUUC